AUGCCUCCAUCCAAGGUCUCCCGCGUGGCCAAGAGUUCCGGUCUGGUCAAGAAGCCGGCCACUACAAGCGCACCUCGAAGCAAGACAUCCAAGGCCGCGUCUUCGAAGAAGAAACAGAGGAAACGCGCCUCAGCCAAAAAGUCAAAGACUCCCAAGCCAGAUGAGACUACAAUCGUCAUCGCAGGCCACAAGCGGUCCAUUGUCGUUGUCGAAGAAGACAGCAAUGACGACGGCACGAUCCAACCCAGCAAACGACGCAGAACUGGCGGCAACACCAAUGCUCACGAUUACCAUGCCGUUCGUGAGAGGCCCCCGCCGCGUGAUUAUGGAGCAACCUUUGCGAGGAAGUCAACGGCCCAUUUCACUUGGGGCGCUCCUUUGAUGUCUCCUCCUCUCCAGUCUCAAUCUUCUCGGUCUGAUCCGAAGAAUAAGUCCACGAUCCCUCGCAACAAGGGUAAAGAGGUAGUUCGUCCUGGAAGCUGGCAGGCGAGACCCAGUUCAGGCCGCUACAGUGGCAUCUUAUCAAGAACAGCCACCCCGGAGUCGGAGCCAGAGCCGCAGCCCAAGAGCCGCACUUGCCCCUUUCUCCGAAUUCCCCUCGAGAUCAGAGAGGAUAUCUACAAGUACAUCCUAGUCGCCGACGAGCCCAUCCGAGUCCACCAGGGCUGGUCCGCAGUCUACCCCCGGAACAGAGUAGGCAUCCGCACCGACCUCAUUCGAACAUGCCGCCAAGUCAGAAAGGAGGCUCUCAACACCCUCUACGGCGAAAACACGUUCCUCUACCUCCUCCGCGACGCCGCCGAACUUCCCGCCCUUAACGCGCAGGGCGAGAACGAGAUCGUGGUCCAACACCCGCUUGCCACCGACAACGACGCCCUCUCCGACUACGAGGCAGACAGCGCGGACGAGUACUCUGACGAAGACGAUGUCGUCACCAACAGACCCUCGUCGUCGUCGUUCUUGGCUGACGGCCACACGGCAGCCGACAUUGACAUCCGCCGCUUCGGCCACAAGUUCCGCAAGCUCAUGAUCGUCGCCGAGGCCAACCGCGCCAACGCGCCCUACCGCCUCAGCAUGGCCAACGCCAUCAACGUCUUCCGCGGCCUGCGGCCCAUCCGCCCGCGCAUCCACACCCUCACCAUCGACAUCACGCCCCAGCGCGACCCGCGCACGGGUGACGUCUCGUUUCUCGACUUUUUCGAGCGAUCCUCCGAGGUCGUCCGCACGCUCCGCGGCUUGCCGUGUCAGUUUAUCGAGAUUCUCGUCAAUACGGGCGUCAGCGUCGGUAGCAGCAGCGGCGGUGAUGGUGAUGGUAGCGGUGGCGAUGGAGGUGAUUGCCCUGGAAAAGGACCAUUAGGCCAAGGGAAAAUCGUCCUCAACAUGAAGUACGCGGCCAACAUCCGUCGCGCUAAACGCGGCGAGAAGGACCUGUGGCGCGACGACCGGGUCAUGCAGUCGUACCGCAGCGCCAAGGCGGGCGAGGCGCAGAAGAAGCUCGACUCGUUGCCGGCUGCGAUCCGCAAGAUUUGGGAGGCCACGAACGGGCAGUUUAAGCGCCGUCAGCAGGACGAGUUUGGUGAUGAUGAAGAGGAUUAUUGCUAUGAGGAUUGGGAGGAUUCUCUUCUCUUUCAGGAUGGGACUUUUUGA